AUGCUGUUCCUUGCGCCGCGCAAGCAUCUGUUUGCCACCAACCUGAUCAUCCUGCUGAUGAUCUACGUGAUGCGCAAGUGCCUGCAGCUCUUCUGCAUCCUCGAGAACCGCACCGCUUGCCCGCAGUCCGACUGUGACUGCGACGAGCGGGACAGGGAGGAGAAGAAGGAGAAGGAGGAGGACUCCCCAUUGAUGGAGAGACGCGGCGGCUUCAAGUUCAUACCCGAUGCCAUGCACAAGAGCAUGCACGGCUUUGGCUAUGGCGAGGGCCACUACCAGAUCUUCGUGGAGAAGAAGGAGCGCAAUCUGCCCACCCAUUCGCGCCUCAAUGCGGCCACAGCUGAAGUGAAGCUGAAUCCCAAUUAG